AUGGAAUUCCAAGAUGCUUCCCCGCCCCAGGAGCAAAGCAAACUCCGCAUCGUCACGGUAAUGAUAGCGCUGGCGCUGUCGAUGUUCGUGGCGGCACUCGAUCAAACAAUUGUUUCAACGGCUAUUCCGACUAUCGCUGCUCAUUUCCACUCCGCUGCUGGCUAUACUUGGAUUGGUGGUGCUUAUCUUCUUGCCAAUGCGGCUGGUGCGUGCAUCUGGGCUAAGCUUUCUGAUAUCUGGGGGCGGAAACCUAUCUUGCUCUUGGCUGUUGGGUGGUUCUUUAUUAGUUCCAUCAUUUGUGCUACGGCUGUGAGCAUGGAGAUGCUUAUUGCUGGUCGGGCAUUGCAGGGUGUUGCUGGUGGUGGUUUGCUUCAGCUUGUUACUAUUAUCAUUUCUGAUCUGUUCAGUGUUAGACACCGCAGCCUUUAUCUUGGUCUCAUGGAAGUGAUGUGGGCCUUUGCUGGUGGUAUUGGUCCAAUUCUUGGUGGUGCUUUCUCUCAAUACACCGGCUGGAGAUGGACAUUCUGGAUCAAUCUGCCUGUCUCUGGUAUCACCUUCGUUCUGCUAUUCUUCUUCUUGGAUGUACACAAUCCCAAAACAAGGAUCAUGGAUGGUAUCCGAGCGAUUGACUGGUUCGGCAGUCUUUCAGUCUUGGGUCUCACUCUGAUGCUCCUGUUAGGGCUCGACUUUGGAGGAGAGACAUUUGCAUGGAAGUCCCCACAGGUCAUUUGCCUAAUUGUCUUCGGUUCUCUAUGCUCCUUGCUGUUUGUCUAUAGCGAGAAGAAGCUUGCAAAGUACCCUCUCAUGCCGUUGGAUAUCUUUGCUCGUCUGUCAAACGUUGCUACGCUUGCUGUUGCUUUCGCGCAUGGAUUCGUUUUCAUCGCUGGUGAAUACUACAUACCUCUUUACCUACAAUCAGUACACCAGGCAUCCCCCAUGCGAUCAGGUGUCCUGAUCCUCCCCCUCGUCAUCACCGAAGCCUGUGGAGGUAUGCUCUGCGGCGCAAUCAUCCACCGCACCGGCAGAUACCUUGAGUUAAUCUGGGUCGGUCUUGUUCUUCUGACGAUCGGAAAUGGGCUAUACAUCAACCUCGACGUGACCUCCUCCAUCGGCGAGAUUGUAGGCUACCAAAUUCUCAGCGGAUUCGGCGCCGGCUUCCUCUUCCAAACACCCAUCAUCGCCAUACAAGCCAUGGUCUCCCAAGAGGACACAGCCACCGCUACAGCCACGCUCGGAUUCAUCCGAAACAUGGCAACCGCCUGCUCCAUCGUUAUCGGCGGUGUCGUGUUCCAGAACAGCAUGGGUGAGCAGCAGUCGAAGCUUUUGGCUUCUGGAAUGUCCGAGUCGAUGGCAGAUAGGAUGUCUGGCGAUGCUGCUGCUGCAAGCAUUGAGUAUAUCAAGGAUAUCACGGAUCCUGCGCAGCUACUUGCCGUUAAGGAGGCGUUUGCUUGGAGUCUGCGCAAUAUGUGGAUUCUGUAUACUUGCAUGUCUGUUGUUGGUGUUUUCUGCUCUGCUUUCAUUCUGAAGGCUAAGUUGAGUAAGGAGCAUGUUGAGACCAAGACUGGCCUGAACAUUGAAAAGGCGCCUGCUGAGAAUGUUCGUACUGUCUAA